AUGAGGAAUCACACAGAACUGAGGGAAUUCAUUCUGCUGGGAAUACCACAGACCAAAGGACUGGAGACUGUGCUGUUUGUUGUCUUCUUGUCCAUCUACAUUUUUACCUUGCUUGGCAAUUUACUUAUCCUCAUAGCCAUUGUUUCUUCAUCUACUCUUCAUAUCCCCAUGUAUUUCUUCUUGGGACUCCUGUCUAUUUUUGACGUAUUUUUCCCUUCUGUAACUUGUCCUAAGAUGCUUUUCUAUCUCUCUGGUCAGAGUCAAGCCAUCUCAUAUAACGGGUGUGCUGCACAGCUCUUCUUCUAUCAUUUUCUGGGUUGUACAGAAGGCUGCCUCUACUCUGUGAUGGCAUAUGAUCGUUUUGUGGCCAUCUGUCACCCAUUGAGAUAUAUGCUUAUCAUGAAAACCAAGGUCUGUGUGGGUUUGGUUGUAGGGGCCUGUUUGGUGGGUUGUCUUGAUGCCACCAUAUUGACCUGUUUUACCUUUCAAUUAACAUAUUGUGGCCCAAAUCAAGUGGAUUAUUUCUUCUGUGACAUUCCUGCUGUCAUCCCCCUGGCUUGUGCUGAUAACUCUCUGGCUCAGAGAGUGGGCUUUACCAAUGUUGGCCUUUUGGCAUUAAUGCUUUUACUCAGUAUUUGUGUAUCCUACACUCGCAUUGGGCUUGCCAUUAUGAGGAUCCAUUCAGCAGAGGGCAGGCAAAAAGCUUUCUCCACCUGCAGUGCCCAUCUCACAGCGAUACUGUGUGCCUAUGGACCAGUAAUCAUCAUUUAUCUGCAACCCACACCCAAACCCUUGCUUGGUGCUGUAGUACAAAUAUUAAAUAAUCUUGUCUCACCCAUGCUGAACUCAUUAAUCUAUUCCUUAAGGAACAAAGAAGUUAAAAAGUCUCUUAAAAAGGUGUUCCAUAAUGCAGUACUUACUGUUCUGUAG